AUGGCCCUCCCCAAGCUACAGUUAAUUUUUGGAGAUUUUACUCCUGAUGAAUAUGAUCAGUUCUUCAUGACUCAUUCUUCUUCAGUUGAACUUCCUCCAUUAAAUAUGAUGUACAUGGGUGAUGCACAGGCUGUGGAGCCUGAUGGACCAGAGCACCCGGAGGACCAGAGAACCGAGUUUGGUGUUAAUGAAGUCACAGACCAUAGUGACACUCCGCCAAGAACCCCUGACUGCAGUGUUUCAAGCACAUUGACUCCUCAGGAGUCUGAGCUUAUUCAGAGUUGCACAACUUCCAGAACAACCCCUGAGAACAUGGACAAAGAAGUCACCUCUAACUCUACAGACUGCCAGGAGACCAUUGCCACCCUGGCUGUGGAAAGCCCCUCCAAUGCAGAGACUGAGUGUCUGGAGAACAAGGGCACUGGGGAAAGGCAGAAGAAGCGGAAGAAGAAGAAACGCCCCCCUAGCUAUUACAGUUCCAUGAAAGAUGAUGGAGAUGGCACUACUUCCUCCAAAGCACCGGCCAACCCAGCAGCUAUGUGCAGUGUAGGCCCUAAGGAUGCCAAGGUGGCAGAGGACUUUCCUCCAUCAUUGUCUCCCAGCACUAGUAGGAGUCCUCAGGAAUCCACUGACCUCAUCAGCGAUGCUGUGCCUGGUGGUUCUUUGCCUGGAGGGCAACCCAAGAGCGUUCUCAGAACUGACUUUGAACAAAGUUGCCACCCUGCAAAGGCAGGCAGGGACAGGGAUAAUUUGCUGUCAACAACUGGAGCUCAGCCUUCUGCUGAGUCUGAUACUACUGAAAAGCUUGUAGUUGAUAAAGAACAAAUAUGUGAAUCCUCGGGAGAAGGCUCAGCUGCCAAAAGCAUGGAGUUCCACACUGUGAAGAGCAUAGACUUGGACCUUGCAAGUGCCAAGGGCACCCCCAUUUCUGCUGAUGUGCAGAAACCUGCCAUGGGCGCCGUGCCUCUUAGUCAGCCCACUAAGUUGUGGGCCAGUCUCUUUUAUGAUACCAAGCCCUCUUCCUCCUUGCCUGUGGCCUCUAAGCACUCCUCUUCUGCCACAUCUUCCAUGGUCUCAAAAGAGCAGGUGGAGGUCAAGGAAGGGAUGGUUCCACUCUCAGAGGAUUCUGUCGCUCUAGAGAUUGCAGAGCUGCUGGAGAAUGUGACCCUGGUGCACACACCUGUGUCCCUGCAGCCACGUGGGUUAAUAAAUAAGGGAAACUGGAGUUACAUUAAUGCCACACUGCAGGCAAUAGUUGCCUGCCCUCCUAUGUACCACCUAAUGAAGUUCAUCCCUCUCUACUCAAAAGUUCAACGGCCUUACUCAUCAACACCCAUGAUUGAUGGUUUUGUCCAGCUGAUGAAUGAGUUCACAAGUAUGCCAAUACCUUCAAAGUCCAGAGAAACUCUCGGGAAUAGGUUCAUAAGAGAAAUCCACCCCGGUAUUGCCUUUGAGCCCACCUAUAUCUAUCACCUCUUCACUGUGAUUAAGGCCAACCCGUCCAAAAUGGGACGGCAGGAAGAUGCAGAGGAGUGCUUGGACUUCAUCCUCAAUGGACUCCAUGAAGAAAUGUUGGCCCUGAAGAAAUUGCUCUCACCAGAUAGUGAAAAACUCAUUCUUUCCAAUGGACCCAAAGGCCUCUCUGUAAACCAAGAAAGGCCAGAGGUACCGGAUGAGGGAAGUGAUGAUGAGUGGGAACAAGUGGGCCCCAGAAACAAGAGAUCUGUGAAGUGGCUGAUGGACUUUGUGCAAACUCCAAUCACUAGCAUUUUUGGGGGACACAUCAGGUCGGUGGUUUACCAGCAGAGCUUCAAAGAUUCGGCCACACUGCAGCUGUUCUUCACGCUGCAACUGGACAUCCAGUCUGACAAGAUCCACACUGUCCAGGAUGCCUUGGAAAGCCUGGUGGCAAGGGAGUACAGCCAAGGCUACAGCACCAAAACCAAACAGGAGGUGGAGAUCAGCCGGAGAGUGACUCUGGAGAAGCUGCCACCUGUCCUGGUGUUACACCUGAAGCGCUUUGUGUACAAGAAGACUGGGGAGUGUCAGAAGAUCCUCAAGAAUAUCUACUACCCCAUUUACUUGGAGAUUAGCAAAGAACUGCUUUCUCCAGGGGCUAAACAUAAGAACUCUAAAAGCCACCGAACCUACAAGCUCUUUGCAGUCAUAUACCACCACGGAAGCAGUGCCACCGGCAUCCAUUACACCACUGACAUCUUCCAGAUGGGCCUCAACAACUGGCUGCAUAUCGAUGACCAAAGGGUCCAGGUGGUAAACCAGUGCCAGGUGGUGAAGCCUGUUACAGGCCGCACAGCCUAUCUCCUGUACUAUCAACGUGUAGACCUCCUGUAGCUGGGCUGUAACCCCCCGACCUUCUACCCUCCACGCUCCCCACUCUUCCACGCAGCUCCUCUAUUUUUCACAGAAUUAGGCUAGAAAGAGCAGGAGACAGAUAUCCUGG